AUGUCAAGAUCCCUCUCGUGGGAUGAGCUGAAGUAUGAGCUUCAGCCAUGGAUUCGUAAUGCCGUGCAUGGAAUGGGAUUUGAGGGAAUGACUGCUGUACAGGCCUCCACUAUUCCUAUGUUCUGCGGAAACAAAGACGUAGUCGUAGAGAGCGUCACGGGCUCGGGCAAGACGGUUGCCUUUGUGAUUCCUAUCAUCGAAAAGGUGAUUAAUGAUGUUCUUAAUGGUUCACCGUUGAAAAAGGGUCAUUUUUACUCUCUGGUGAUCUCACCAACGCGAGAACUUUCUAGUCAGAUUCAAGGUGUGUUUGAUGCCUUUCUGUCGUACUUCCCCAGUGAAGUAUGUCCUAUAAAGUCACAGCUGCUUGUUGGAACGAGCGCUUCGUCAGUGCGAGAUGACAUCAACUUCUUCAUGGAAAACAAACCUCAGAUUUUAGUGGGAACACCAGGCAGAGUCUUGGAUUUCCUUAAUUCUGUGGCUGUAAAAUCGGCUUCAUGCGGUAUUGUUGUACUGGAUGAAGCUGAUAAGCUGCUGGACGUUGGAUUCGAGAAGGACGUGGAGUCCAUUUUGAAUUUGCUCCCAAAACAGAGGCGAACUGGUCUUUUCUCUGCUACUAUAAGCAGCGCAGGUGAUCAGAUUUUUAGAACUGGCAUGCGUAACCCUGUGAAGAUUGCUGUAAAGUCUAAACUGCAAAAUCCAGACACUCUCGACAUCAGUUACAUUGUCGUGAAACCUCAGGACAAACUUCAGUAUCUGCUGCAUAUUCUAACGCACAUUCAGUAUAAGAAAUGCAUUGUCUAUUUCCCAACAUGCACGUCUGUCACAUAUUUCUACUCUUUCAUGAAACACUGUUUGACGACGGGAAAUACCGGCACAGAACCUGAUCUCUUUUCUCUUCAUGGGAAGCUGCAAACCAAUUCCAGACUGGGAACAUUGUCUAAGUUCUCUUCUGGUCUCAAUAAAUCAGUUCUGUUGACGACUGAUGUCGCUGCGAGAGGUAUUGAUAUUCCAGAAGUUGAUCUCGUACUACAUUUCGAUCCUCCAACCAGCACAGAGAUGUUUUUACACCGAUGUGGAAGAACCGGUCGAGCUAAUAGGGUAGGCAGAGCAAUAACUUUUUUGAAUGAAGGGCGAGAGGAGGAUUAUGUGGAUUUUCUAGAGGUGAAGAACAUAGAAAUAGACGAGAUGCCUUUUGAAGUCAACGUCACCGAGGACUUAUCCAAGAAGUUCGAGACUUGGGUACUGGAAGAUAGAGCCAGGUUCGACAAUGGUGUUAGGGCUUAUGUUGGAUUCAUUCGAUACUAUUCUAAGCACACGGCUUCAUCGAUAUUCCGACUCCAAACUCUCGACUAUAUUGGGCUGGCAAAGUUAUAUGGCCUUAUUCGGCUGCCGCGAAUGCCAGAAAUAACCCAAAAUCUGAAAAAUGACAUGAUACCCGCAGACGGAUGGUUAGUUCAACCGCCAAUAGACUUAGAUAGAUUUGCAUAUGCAAAUCCACAAAUGGAGCGUUCGAGACAAGAGGAACUAAAGAAGGGCAAGGAAACGGAAGCCAAGAAAAAGCUCAAAAGCGAGCUCAAAAAAAAAAAUAGCUCUUGGUCGAACAAAACAACUGCAAAGGAUACCAAGGGGGAAAGGAAAACCAAGUUGGCGCUGAAGAGGAAAGCCAUUGAGGAAAAAAUUGCACAGGAGGAUGAGCAAAAUGAGGGCGAAGAAGAAGAAGACUGGAAAGAUAUGGUAAGGAGAAGCAAGAAAUCAAAAACUGCUUCUCAAAUCCAGGGUGACUUCUCGGAACUUUAG